AUGAAUGUGAUGUCGUUUGGCGCUAGCUGCUCCCCGGCCAGUGCUCAGUACGUGAAGAACAUCAACGCAGAUAGAUUCACAGAAGAGUUUCCAGAGGCCGUUGAAGUUAUUAAGAAGCGACACUACGUGGAUGAUGCGAUGUUCAGUGUCGAAACACCUGAGCAUGCAAUUCGCCUGGCGCAAGAAGUCAGACAGUUACACUCUGCCGGCGGAUUUGAGAUAAGAAACUGGGUGAGCAACUCUCAACAAGUGCUAGCCGUGUUAAACGAAAGCAAUACAUCGGAGAAAAAUAUGGAUCUGUCGGUUGGGCUAAUGGCUACAGAAAAGGUGCUAGGAAUGUGGUGGUGCACAUCAUCGGACGAAUUUGUGUACAAAAUUGGAUGGAAUCGUUAUAACCCUGAUCUGCUCACUGGCCGUCGUCGACCCACAAAGCGCCAAAUGCUCCAGGUCCUAAUGACGACUUUUGAUCCUCUUGGGUUAAUCUCACACUUUCUCAUGUAUUUGAAAGUCCUUUUACAAGAAGUCUGGCGUGCAAACGUACAAUGGGAUGAAGAAAUUCCCAAUCCCUUGUUCGAGAAAUGGAGAACAUGGCUACUAGUCUUGCCUAAGGUAGAAAGCGUUAGAAUCUCACGGUGUCUUCGUACUUCGACGAUUCACAGCGACUGCGAAGUACAACUGCAUCUUUUCGUAGAUGCAAGCGAAAAUGGAGUAGCCGCCGCUUCGUUUCUACGAUUUGAACGCGAAGGCCAUGUCUGCUGCUCUUUAGUUGCCGCAAAAACCAGGGUAGCUCCUUUGAGAUAUCACUCCAUCCCGCGACUAGAAUUGCAGGCCGCCCUUAUAGGAGCUAGACUAGCACGAACAGUCACACAAUCCCUUUCAACUCAGGUUCAUUGCAAAUCCUACUGGACUGACUCUCGCGGUGUCCUCAGCUGGAUUAACUCAGACCACCGUCGUUAUAGCACGUUUGUGGCGUGUCGAGUUAGCGAAAUUCUCGACCUCACAGAAGCACCUGAUUGGCGUUGGGUGCCGUCCAAACUGAAUGUAGCAGAUGACGGCACCAAGUGGGAGACGGAGCCAAAUAUGACCCAAGAAUCCAUAUGGUUUAGAGGCCCAGAAUUUCUCUACCUCAGUGAAAAGGAAUGGCCCAAGGAUUCCUCGAAGUCAACGCAUACAGACAAUGAACUGCAACCUUCUUUCAUGGCACAUCAUCACUCCCCUAAAACCACCCUCGUUAUCUCAGCCUUUCUGGGCUGGAGUGGGCUACGCAAUGCGGUAGCUUACGCCCAGCGCUUUAUCGCAAACUGCAAACGCAAGCAAUAG